AUGGAAAAGAUACCAUCACCAAAAACUUCACGAAGACAAGGAAAUAAAGUUAUGAUUUCGUAUUGUCCAUGUCAAUACGAUUUAGCUCAAAAGAUAGCUGAAGGAUUGAUUGCUAAAGGCAUUCCAACUGUUUGUCCGCCAUUACGAAUGCAUGAGAUGAUAAAAAUAGCAACUGAAGAAGCAAGAGUUGUUAUACCAUUAAUGAGUGAAGCAUAUGAAGCAUCUAAUACUUCAAAGUAUGUUCUUUCUUAUGUGGAUGAAGCUGGUAUUCCUAUAGUUCCCAUAAAAGUACAAGAUCCUUAUUCUCAAAGUGGUUGGCUUGGUGUCAUUUGCGCUGGUGCAUUAUGGACGAAGAUAACGAAUGCGAAUGACAUUGAGACAAAUCUUAAUAAUCUUAUGUGGCAAUUGCAACCGUACAUCAACGAUGCUUUAGAUGAAGAGCAACAUCUUGUUGUUCUUGUUGAUGGAACUCUGGCUCAAGGUUAUUAUAUUCAGUGUGGAAAGAAGUUUGAUAUGAAGUUUGAUAUGUUUUCUAUGAUAAAUGGCUAUAUUGCUGGUCAAGGAGAUGAUGAAGUCGGUGGCUUUGUAAUCAAUGGGAAAUAUACUUGUUUAUCAGAUAAAGAAGACUUUGAAUUCCAGUUUAAAAAGCAUUAUAUCGGACAGCACGAUGUUCAAUACUCUGGAACUAUAACUAAUAAGGAAUCUCAAUUCUUCUUUGAUGGAAAAUGGCUUCUAGAUGACUUAUCUGAUAGCUUCCAUCUAGAAGUUUCUCGUAAUCAAUCAGCAAGAUCUAAAGGUUUGCAUGUCAUGUUAAGUUAUCAAUGGAAUAGUCAAGAGCUUGUUAAACGAGUAGCAAAUAUACUCAAACAAAAGAAUAUUCCUAUUUGGUUUGAUAUUGCUGGAGAUAUGAAAGGAAAUAUUAAUACUGCUAUGGCUUAUGGUAUUGAAGGUGCUGCGAUGGUUAUUAGUUUCGAUACUGUUGCUUAUAGCAAAAGCAUUAAUUGUCAAAAAGAACUUACAUAUGCUUCUCAAUUAAAGAAGAAUAUUGUUCCUGUUCUUCUUGAAAACGAUAAAGGAUUUCAAAAUACAUGGUUAGGAAUGAUAAUAGCUUCCUUAAGCACUAUCAAUAUGCAAGAUGAUAAUGAAUUCAACUUUACUAUCGAUACUCUUGUACAACGAAUUAAUACAGUUCUUGACGAGAAAAAACAUGAAGAAUCUCAUCGAUCUCAAGCCAUUACAAGGUUUGAAGGUGGUGCUGUAAAAGGGAAAUAUUAUCAAUAUCAUCAAGCUUUUGAAAUGUUCUUUGAUUUCUUUAGCUUAAAAGAAGGAAGAGUUUCAGGUCAAGGAAAUGACGAAAUUGGACCUUUCACAAUGGCUGGGAGUUAUGAUAAUGAAGGAAAGGUGUCCUUCACAAAGCAAUACGUUGGAAAACAUGCUGUUGAAUACAAUGGAAAUAUCUAUUGCGAUAACUUGGGAGGAUUUAAGAUUCAAGGAAACUGGAAUAUUGAGGACGCAACAGAUGAAUUCCAUCUGGAAAGCAUCAAUACUUCCAAAUAUGAUACACUAACUGAAAACAUUUAA